AUGGCCCUGGCUAUGCACGCUGCCUUUAACUACGACGUACCAGGUCCCGUAGGCGCCGUGCAGCAGCUAGUCGAGUUUAUCCUUCUCGAAGACGAAGAGUUUACAGGAUCAUGUUAUUUGUGCCCGCCGUCGGCCGAGGAAAGGGCUGAAACGAUGCAGCUUAAACGUCCGGACUUGUAUCAUGCCGCUGACGCGUUUUAG